CCAACGACCAACAGACGAACACACCAUUCGCUCGCUUGCUUGCCUUCUUGCCCGCUUGCUUGGCUCGCUUCUUCCGACCUAUCGUCGUCACCUUUGUCUGUCACCCUCGUUCCGGUUCCCUGCCUGGCUUGGACCACGUGUCGCCGGCGGGGGUGUUGGGCUGGAUGCGCUUCCGGGCUGUGCGGCUGUUGGCAACGUGGCUACGACGGCGCUCGAUCCGGGUUGCGCUCAUCAUGUCCCUGUGCAUCACCUUCCUCUUCUGGGCCAUGCUGCCCAGCAUCGAGGGGACGGCGCCAUGGGCCGGCAUCACCGGGGCUGCCGCGCCGCAGCAGGAGCACGAGCGCCACCCGCCACCGGUCGCCUGGUACCACCGCAGACACCUUGCUGCCGCAAGCAACGACUCCUGCAAAUACACAACCUUUGAUGGGCUUCAGCUUGUGGAUGAUCUUGGGCGCGUGUGCAACGUUGAAGAUGCACAGCCAAACGGAUGCUGUUUCUCAACGAGCCAAAUCGUCGAGGCCGUGUGUGACUCGUGCGACGCAGGGCACUGCUGCCGUGUGUAUGAGCACUGCGUGUCGUGUUGCCUGGCGCCAAAGCACGUCCCACUGCGCCGCUUUGUCUUCCACAACCUCACCGAACCCCAACGGCGUGUUCUGUCGUUGGUGUCGGACCAGUUUGAGUACUGCGAGGCAAAAUGCAGAACAAGUUCGCAGAGCGUUCAACACGAAAACAACGGAGGCUUGCACAAGGGAACAGCCUGA